AAAAACUCCUUACCUGCAUUAUCAGCUAUCUAUGGAAAUUCAUUCAGCAAUUCAAAUCCUUUCAACAAAAGGAAUGGCUCUGGAUUGGUCUCUAUUGACGUGAAUGGAAAGAAAAAGAAAGCAUUCAACAUUGAAAAGGUUAAUCGAACCAUGGACGUCAAGAUGUACGAGAAGAACAACUCCUCUAGCUUAGUCGGCCCUGCUAGAACCAAAGACUAUUCAUCAAAGAAGAGCCCCAAUAACGCUAAGAGAAACCUGAGCAUGGGAAGCAAUAUGACCUAUGAUGAGAGAAAAAGCCUUGAAACAAAAAUGAACCUUAUAAAGCAAUCCAAUGCUUCUCAGUACACUGGGUUUAGAAAUCCUCGUUAUAAGCUUAGGUCGUUGAUGACUAAGGGCAGGAGGUCUGCUUCUCGCCGUAAAAGCUCAAAUAGUAAAAAGAGAGCUCACAAACAAAAGAUUACUUCACAUUACAAGCAAAAAUUUCCCUUAGAUAACAAAAUGAGAAAAGCAAGUGAGAAGAAGAGACAGCUUCAGAUGAGAGCCAGGCUUGCCAAGAAAUUAUCUGGCAUCAAAUCUAAUGAUGACUACAAGCAAGAGGAGGAGGAAGAAGAUAUCCCAACUAACGAGGCUGCUGAUGAAUCUUGAGAGUACAAUAUCCCUGAGCCAGGUGAGAAAAUAGACUUCAACCAACCUCGUGAAAAAGAAGAUGAAGAGGUCAUUUCUAAUAAUCCUGAGGAUUGAAAAUAUACUAUCUUCAGUGGCGAAGGAGAGAUCCUUGGGACAGCUGGCGAAACCCAAAAUCACGACACAAAGUCAAAGAAGAUGUCCAGUUCUGAAUUAAUUCAGCAUCUGACCAAAGAGAAUAAGUCCUUGAAGGAGUAUAUAAAGAAGAUUUUGAAAUCCUUUCAGAAAUUUAAGCAUAACCAAAGUAUAACAGUUGAGAAAGACAGUAUCAAAAUUUCUUCUAAGUAAUUUUUCAAUAU